CUCUCCCAGUUUUUUAAUUACUUUACUCUUUCUCCCUAUUAAUAUAUAUAACGUAACCAACAUAUACAUAACAUUUUGUAAUAUGUUUAGAGAGUUGAAAUUUUUUGUAAUAUUAAAAACAUAAAUUGUAUAUUUGUGUAAACAUCACAAUUGCUUUCCGUCCAAACUUUAUUUGAAGGAAAAAAGCAAAUGAAGCCCAAUAAAAAUGUUAAAGCGGCAUUUUAACUGGGCAAACACUGGUUAUUUAAGAAAUUUGGUCAGCUUUUUAAAAUUAUUUUUCUUAAAAAUUUACUUUUUAAUUAUUUUUUCAUAUAAAAUGAAACCCACUGAGAAUAAAAUGAAGAUUAUGUCAUUAAAUAGUUAAUAAAGAGUUUUUUAACAACUUCAAAAAGACUUUUCUUUUCAAUCUUAGAACUAAAUCUUUCAGCCAAAAGCUAGUUUAGUAAGAAGUAAGAACCCCUUCCUUUCUGAUGUAAGAGGAAGCAGAAUCUUAAGGUUCAAGUUAUUUUUGUGUCGAGAUGCAGGAAAUACAAUAAACAAUUUCACUUCUUUUUCACUUUUCUGAUACAACUACUCAGAUAGUUCUGACCACCAACUGCAAUCCCCUAGUAAAGAAAGAUCCAUGACUCGAUUCUCGUCAAGAAGAAGAUGCUCAUACCCUUUACUGGUUUGUAGUUUGGUGGGGUUCUUGAUUUUGCUUCAUUUCUCAUCUUUGGGUAGUUACAAAGGUAUUCAAGAAGGGCAGAUCCAAGAAAGAUAUGAAGAGUUGGAGGAGAUCCAAACAUCUCAGUCAAGAGGAAGCCAAAGCCAAUCCUCACAAGCCAACUUGCUAAUUGAUGAAUUUCUUGAUAAGUCUUCUAAACUCAGGCACAUUUUCUUUCCUACCAAGAGAACUAGCAUAGACCCUAGAAAGAGUACUAAAGAUGACACCUUUUACUAUUAUCCUGGUAGAAUUUGGUUUGAUACUGAUGGACAUCCUAUUCAAGCUCAUGGGGGUGGAAUUCUUUAUGACGAAAGAUCAAGAAUGUAUUACUGGUAUGGCGAGUACAAGAAUGGUCCGACUUAUGUAGCUCCCGGGAAGAAUGUAGCUCGGGUAGAUAUCAUUGGUGUUGGCUGCUACUCUUCUAAGGAUUUGUGGACUUGGAAGAAUGAGGGCAUUGUACUAGCUGCGGAGGAACGUGAUGAGGAUCAUGACCUUCACAAGUCUAAAGUGUUGGAGAGGCCGAAAGUGAUCUACAAUGAGAAGACGGGUAAAUAUGUAAUGUGGAUGCACAUUGAUGAUGCAAAUUAUUCUAAAGCUUCUGUUGGAAUUGCCAUAAGCAAUUCCCCUACUGAUCCUUUUCAAUAUCUAUAUAGUAAAAGGCCUAAUGGUUUUGACAGCAGGGAUAUGACUUUGUUCAAAGAUGAUGAUGGUAGGGCAUAUGUCGUUUACUCCUCUGUGCACAACAGGGAGCUUCAUAUUGGUCUUCUUGAUCAGAACUAUGUGGAUGUUACUAAUGUUAUGUCAAGGGUUCUUGUCGGGCAGUACAGAGAGGCCCCAGCCUUGUUCAAGUAUCAAGGAACUUACUACAUGAUCACAUCAGGAUGCAGUGGUUGGGCACCAAAUGAGGCACUGGCUCAUGUGGCUGAAUCAAUUAUGGGACCAUGGGAGACUAUAGGGAAUCCAAGUGUAGGUGCAAACAAAGUGUUUCGAGUCACUACGUUCUUUGCUCAAAGCACAUAUGUGCUCCCCAUUUCUCCUGGUUUGUUUAUUUUCAUGGCAGAUCGCUGGAAUCCAGAUGAUUUGCGCGAGUCUAGAUAUGUAUGGCUUCCUUUAACCGUGGAGGAAGUAGUUGGAAGUCAACGACCAAGAGUAUCUAUCUUUUGGCACAAAAGAUGGAAGCUCCUUAAAAGUCCGGUAUAGAAGAAUGCUUAUGAUUUUCUCAUCAUAGUACAAUUUACUAGCUUUCUGUGUAGUAUUAGCACUAAUGCGAAAUGAUUCAAGAUUUCAAUUAGAAUAACUUGUUGCCUUGUUGGGACUUCCGUUACAUAUAAUUUAUGCCCUAUAUAUCAAGAUGUAUGAUUGCAGCU